AGAGAGGAGAGACGCGCUCCUGCGCAACACGCACAGCAGACAGACAGCAGCCUGCUGUUACCUCAACACCACAGCUCGGCUUUGCCAAAAAUAAAAGUCACAAAGUUCUGGAUUAAAACGACACGGAAAUAAAUUUUGCCUAUUUGUUUUAAGAAGCGCCAUGCCAGGGUUUCAUUUACCUCAAACUCUGACAAACUGACAGUUCUGAUAGCGCGUGGCCAGAUUCAAACCGUGUCUGCUCACCAACCGUCGCCUCGCUGAGGAAAACCGAUCUUUUGCGCCGCCGACGCGAUUACGCUGCUCAGCAAAUAGUGGCAAGAAGUCUGAAACCACAUGUGCUCGUCUCCAAACCGGAGAGACGCGGUUUCAUUUGUCUUCCGAGAGGAAAAGAGUUGGCUUUAAGCCGUACUGACAGACACAAGGGAAGGACGGUCUCCUGAGAGCGCUGAAGAAGACCACUGGAAAUUCAGUCGGUGCGUAAUAUUCACGUUUAUUCUUGGCACUACUGGGCGAACAAUUGAAAUAAACGGGGAGAAAAUGUAGUCUUUGUGGAUGGUUAACAGUAUAGCCACUUCAGACGCUAACCGUUGCCGGUGAAUGGCUCUUUAAACGCGGCGAAGGGGGGCGGUAGUUGUGGAGUAUACGGCAAUGCCAAGUUGAAGGGUCUCGACAUUGUCAGUACUAAUAACCCCUGCUAUCAAAAAGUGGAGAGAAAUGCUGAAUGAGGAUGACGUUUUGACUGGGAUAUUCGCGUAAACCGCAGGCGCACUCGCCGUCAUUCACCUGCUCACAAAGGUAAACGCACCUUUCCGCUUAAACACCGUUCAAAAUGAUGACCAACGGACCCAACAUCGUCUACGAAUGGCUGAAAACCCUUCAGCUGUGUCAGUAUGUCGAGGCUUUUGUGGAUAACGGAUACGACGACUUGGAAGUUUGCAAACAAAUCGGAGACCCGGACUUGGAUGCCAUCGGGGUGUUCAUUCCGCACCACCGCCAGCGGAUUCACGACGCCGUGCAAAGGUUAAAAGAUCACGAUAAGGAGACGGCCACCGGGCUUUAUUUCACCCUGGAGCCCAUGCCCCCGGUCUCACCUCAGUACACCAGUCGCAUGGCAGAGCAAUGCGAGUCCAGGCUGCGGGGCUCCAGGUCAUGGACUGAGCAGAGCAGCGAUAGAGCGACGCGCAGCGUGGGGUACAUGGGGGCGCCCAGGAACCUGACGCUGGGGAACCGCAAGGAGCUGGAAAUCUAUCCCAAACUGAAGCUGAAGAUCAUGAUCAGGGAUAAACUGAUUAGGGACGGGAUAAACCUCGCCAGGCAGCCAUACUCUAAUAAGGAUGGCUCUCUGGGUAAUAUAGAUGACCUGGCACAAGAGUACUCGGAGUACUACAACACAUACUUCAGCGACGUCAGCGAUCGGAUGGAGGAACUACGUAAGCGGCAAGUCUCUCAAGAGCUAGACAUGGAAAAAGCAGACACCAGCUUUACCUCUUCACAGCUACGCUCAGACAUCCAGGAAUCGUUUGGCAUCAGCAGUGAGGUGUCCACUCCAGAGACUGAGAGGAAAAUUCCCCUGCACAAAUCCAGCUCUGAAGAUGGAUCAGGAAAAUGGGACAACAAGAAGAAAAACAAAUCCUUCUGGCAGAACUUUCGAAAAUCACAGAAAGGGGUCACAAGGCAAACGUCAAAAGGAGAGGACAUUGGCUAUGUGGCCAGUGAGAUCACCAUGAGUGAUGAAGAACGGAUCCAGCUGAUGAUGAUGGUGAAAGAGAAGAUGAUCACAGUGGAGGAGGCGCUGGCACGGUUAAAGGAAUAUGAGAGGAACAGACAGUUGAGCAGCAGUACAGAAACAGCAGAGUGGACUGAUGGAUCCAGUCCCACUGUUAACCUCUCCUCCGUCUGCAAUUCUGUGGAGCAGUCAGAUGAUGAGCAGGAGGACUCUGUGAAAUUCAAGAGGCUUCACAAGCUGGUCAACUCGACUCGACGUGUUCGCAAGAAGCUCAUCAAAGUGGAUGACAGCAAAAGACAUGGCUCACAAGAUUCGCUCAGUCUGGAUGGAGCUCCCUUAUGUGAUGACAUAAACGCACUGUAUGCUGAAAUUCACAAGAAGCCGGCCCAGUGCACAGACUCCUCUUUGUCCUCUCUUGCCCAAGAGCAGCUCUCUCUAGACGGGGACACGGACAGCUUGACCACCUCGCCUUCCACCAGUAGCCUUGACGCCUGGAAACCUGCUCACAAGUUAGUGAAGACCCCCGGCACACAUCCCCACGGCCUGAUCCGCCCACCGCGGAAGACCAGUGCUGGAUCCGGACUGGGUGUAGUAGGGGGUAGUGGCUCCUCUUUCUCCGAAUUGGAGGGUUUGGGAGACGACAAUGCUAAAGUCUCCCGCUCAGCUACAGACGGAGAGAUGCGGAAGGCCUUGUCAUCUCUAUCUCACGGGAGAACGUGUAGCUUUGGAGGAUUUGACCUGUCUAAUCGUUCCCUCCAUGUGGUCAACACGGCCGAGCCUAGUGAGCAGGAGGCUUUGUACAGGGAUGCUGUGAAAUCUCCCACCACGUCCCGUAUCUCUCUAGGGAAGAAAGUCAAGUCUGUCAAAGAGACUAUGAGGAAACGCAUGUCCAAGAAAUACGCCGGGUCUCUUUCUGAACAGUCCAGUCCAGAUGGAACGCCCAGUUGUCCUCAGUCUCCUCAGCCAGACACAGACUCUCUAGAGAAGCCCAAACUGAAGGCAGGAGGGUCUGUAGAGAGUCUGCGCAGCUCCCUCAGUGGGCAGAGCUCCAUGAGUGGACAGACUGUGAGCACCACGGAUUCAUCAGCCAGCAACAGAGAGAGUGUGAGAAGCGAGGAUGGUGACGAUGAAGAGCCUCCGUACAGAGGUCCUUUCUGCGGCAGAGCAAGAGUUCACACUGACUUCACACCGAGUCCAUAUGAUACAGACUCACUCAAGCUCAAGAGAGGAGAUGUGAUUGAUAUCAUCAGUAAGCCGCCCAUGGGCACAUGGAUGGGUCUGCUUAAUAACAAAGUGGGCACGUUUAAGUUCAUCUACGUGGAUGUGCUGGCUGAAGAAGAGGAGAAGCCUAAACGAGCGGUUCGGAGAAGGAGAAAGGGCAGGCCGCCCAAACCCAGCUCAGUCGAGGAGCUUUUGGAGAGAAUCAACCUGAAGGAGCACAUGCCCACGUUCCUGUUUAAUGGGUAUGAAGACCUGGAUACGUUUAAGCUUCUAGAGGAAGAAGAUCUGGAUGAGCUCAACAUCAAAGACCCCCAACACCGUGCCGUACUGAUGACCGCUGUAGAACUACUGCAGGAUUAUGACAGUAGCAGUGAUCCGGAGCGCAGCGCCCUCUCUGGCUCUCAGGAGAAACUACUCUGCGAGGGGCGUGGCCUCAUGGCCGACUCCCCACGAGACUCUGGUUGCUACGAAAGCAAUGAAAACCUAGAGAAUGGUAAAAGCCGCAAGGCGUCGCGCCACAGCCGUGGUUCAUCUGGGUUUGAUUGUGGGGGAGUAAAGUCUCCAGACUAUCCCACUCUUCCCAUGACUCACUCCACUGAAGCUCUUCAGCAGCAGGCCAAGAAGGAACGCAAGUUCCCGAAGACCUUUCUGCCCCGGCCCAUAAAGGGCUUCAGUCUGCGAAGCCUCGGCCUCAAGAAGGGCUCCAAAGCAGGACAGACCUCACGCAUUCCGGUCAGCCGAAGCUGUGAGGAGUUGGAUGGCCCCCAGGAAACUCCUGAGUCUUGGAAGCGCUCACAUUCUCUGGGGGAUAUACACUGGGAGCAGGCCUUCGAUCAGAGGAAGGACCAGAGUGGCAGUGAGGAGAAAGGCAGGCCGGAAAGCAACAACAAGGAAGUGAAGUUUGAUCCUAUAGAAUCAAACCUGGACCAGAGCAGCGAUAAGGCUGGAAGAGAGACAAGCUCGCUGCAGAGACCUACGGUUCCCACACAGCUUCCCCUCAGCCCGGUUGCUCCAUUGCCUGCUGCUCAGAACUCAAACCGCCAACCAGUUUCUGCCCCAACUAGCCCCGCUCCACGGACUCACCCUAAAAAGCCACCUGUCCCACCUCCUGUGCCUGCUAAAAAGUCCAAAGAACGUCUGCCGAAUGGUUUGCGCCACCCUCCGCUAGUGCUGUCCGGCUCAGUGCCAAAUACGCCAACCCUACCCCCAAAACCCAUAUAUACCCCAACCACUCCUUCUGAGAGUUCCCCGUCAACCUCAUUAUCACCAGGAGAAUCUCCAGCAGCUCUGAGUCCACCCUGGCUGUCUGACCUACCUGAAUCAGCAUGUCCUCAGAUCCAUGGAGCUAAAGUUGCCCUCAGCAGGAAGAUCUCCCAUGCUAAAAUGACUGACCUGGAGACUCUGCUGGAGGACAGGAUGCGCUCGGAAGGCAUUGACCUCACCGAAGAGCCGUACUCUGAUAAACACGGCCGGUGUGGGAUUCCUCAGCUCUUAGUACAGAGAUACUCAGAGGACUUUCAGCAGCCAGUGAAGGACGUGGCGUCCAGUCUGGAUCAGAUCAGAGUUAAACAACUCCGCAAGGAGCACCGCAUGGCUAUUCCCUCAGGAGGUUUGACUGACAUGUGUCGGAAGCCAGUUUCUCCUGUUCACGUGAGCUCCGUCUCUGAUUGGCUCGUGUCGAUUGGAAUGCCCAUGUAUUCUGCCCCUCUGUUGGCUGCCGGGUUUGACACGUUGGAUCACGUGUCGUUCUUAAACGAGGCAAAAGCGAGGGAGGCGGGCUUGAAGGAGGACCAUCACAUACGUAUUCUUCUCAGCGAAGCCCAACUAGUCACAGCCAGCAGCUCAGGACAGUCAUAAUACUAACAUGAGCUGUUAUGAACUUAAUGAAUCAAACUUUGCUGGUGAUGGGACAGUCCUGGACAACAGCUGCCGAGUUUUCUCCCACCUUUCUGUCUUAUGUGUCUUGGUAUUUUCAGAAAUGACUGAUCUGGCUUCCAAGGACUGUUAUUGUGGGCCUAUCAACAGAUGUUUCCUUAGAAACAUCGAGUUUUGGCCUGUCGAAAGAAAGCACACUUUUUUUGCUGAGAAUUUAUGCUUUUGUAUGAAUUUGAAGAUUGUUCAAAAUCCCUUUUUCAGGAAGUGAGAUUUAUUUAGAGAAAAACAAAAAAAAUGUUAAGGAAAAGUAUCAAGAGUAUGUCACCUGGCCAAAGCAAUGUCAUUUCAUGCAGGUUUUGUUAAUAUAAUAUUACUUUAUUUCUCAAAGCAUACAGUAUGUAUAUGAAAAGAUGAGUCAUUCCCAAAAGCAUGAUGUUGCCAUAUGGGGAUAUUCAGAGCAAUGCACAUUUUGAUUUCAGGCCAAUAGUUGGUCACGGUUUUAGCAACUAUGUACUAUGUUUGUACAAACCAUUUCGUUUGUGUCUUUCUUCAAGGUUGCAUUUUAGCAUCACUCCUUAUAAUCCGCGUAUUAUAAUAUUGUAUAUUCACAGCACAUUUAAUCUUCCCAGUCUUCUAAACACACAAUAUUCACCACGCAUCACUUGUUGCGGCAUAUCAAAGUGUAUUACUGUAUCAGCUGUAUCAAUUUAUGUUGCCUGUUAUCUUGAAAAUUAUACUCCUGCAUAUCGUGUACCUCUUUAUCGUACUCAUCUCCGAUGCAACGGAUGCAUCACACAGCUGUAAUAUGCUUGCUGGAGUGAAAUGUGUACAGGUGUUUGUUUUUUAUUUUGUCCCAGAUUGCCUUGCACUUUGACUGGGGUGUUGAAGACAUUUUGAAUCGUAAAUCAAAAAAGCCUCGAGCUCUUGAAAGCACACAGUCUUAGCCUUAAAAUACUAGUAAAUCAAAUCAAAACUGAUAGUGACUAACUUAGAGGAGUGUUUUAACACUAGUCAUAUAUGCACAUACUGGUGCUUUACCCAUGAGUUAAAAGUGUUCGAAAUUGGGAAGAAAGAUCAGUGAAGCGUUAUUUAUUUUCGUCAUUCAUAACACAAUGCAAAUGUCAUGCGUUUGUGUUUUUUAGGGAGAAUAAGGUGUUACGGACAUAACUUUUCUGGUCCGUUUCUCACCACAGACAACAUCUGGCAGACUCGCUUCUAAAUUAAAACUGAGCGUGAAGUAUUUACGUAAGCUGACGUCAUCACAGCUCACAGAUUUAAAACAUUACAUCAGUCAAAAUCAAGCACACUGAAGCGAGUUUCUCCCACGUUCACUCUCAAGCUGUUUUUUAUUAAGCAGCUGAGGUGAAAACUUUUACAAAUCUUUAGGUUUUCCAUUUACAGAAAGACACUUUUUUUAAAAAAGCUUGCUUUGGAAUUGUAUUUCUCCCUCAUGCCAUUUAUUCUUUUGUAUCUAACGCAGCACAAUUUAUAGGCCGUAAUGCUCAAGGUUUUAUUGGACGUUUUAAUUAGUAGAGAAUCAAUAGAUUCCUUUGUAUGAAAAUGGAUGCCUUGAAAAUGCUAUCAGUUGAGUGCUUUGAUAACAAUGAGGCUUUUUAUGUGAAAUCGAAAAUAUAUUUCAUGAAAUGUUACUGUAAAAAUGCACUUUAUUAAAGAAAGUUGUUUUUUAA